AUGAGCAUGUGGUGGUUUGCCAGUUUCUAUCUGGCUAUUGCUUCUGUGAUUGCACUCUUGCUGUUGUUUGUUCCGAUCCCAACAUUUGCACGUACAAAAAUCAUGCGAGUAUUGGAUAAAGCAAAAGUUGGAUUAUUUGUUCUUGUUGCAUUAUUUCUUGUAUUGGCUGUGAUGGAAUUUAGACACAUGUCGGCACAACACACAUUAACCCAAGAUCCAAAUAUGGGUGUAAAACAAAAGUUUUUACAUCAAGUGAAAGAAUUUAGAGCCCAAAGAAACUUUUACAUGUGUGCAAUUGGUGCUGUCUUGUCAUUGAUUUUAGUGGGGCUUAAUGCCAUGCAUAAGAAAAUUCAUGAUUUACAAGAUAAGCUCGAGUUGAGUACAAAGACAAAAUAA